AAGAGGGUUGUUUACAAACAACUGUCAGAAAACACAAAAAAGACGAAGGCUUCUCCAAAAUAACUAAAUAUACCUUAAUUUUAAUUUUAUCAUAAGUAUACAGUGUCAGUAGGCUGUUUAACAAAUUAAAAUCCUAUUCUCGAGUGGUAUUUUAACUGACGUUGAAAGAGAGUUCAUGUGACCUGACUUCUCCCACUAGUCAAGACUGAAAGAGUUAAUAAAAGUGUUUGGGUGCAGUGAGAUAAAGCUGAGCAAGUGCAGUGUCUAAGUUACACAGAGGUGUUGGCUGUGGGCACUCAACAGGACACAUGGUAGAGGAAGGCAACAAGCUAACUCUGCGGCGCCUGGAGGCACCAAUCCACAAGUUCAUUAAAGUAGCUCUACCCACGGACCUGGAGAGGCUGCAGAAGCACCAUAAUAACAUACAGAAGUAUCAACAUGGCCAGCAAUGGGACCGCCUUCAUCAGGAGCAUAUUAAUGCCAGCAGAACUGUUCAGCAGCUUAGAGCUAACAUCAGAGAGAUGGAGAAGCUGUGCAGUCGGGUCCGUGCCGAAGACGCUGCAGCUUUGGAAGCACUUGUCAAGCCAGUCAGGGACAGAGCUUUAGCUGCUGCUCAAGACUUCCUGCGUUUGCACUCCAACCCUGUGCCUCAGCCCACCUCUGCACCACCACCUGCCACACAGCCAUCCAGCUGUGCAUCUCGUAGUUGCCAUAGUGUUGAUGACUUGGACGAGGAAGCAUUGUCUGGGAGGCAAACUCAGCUCCAGCUUCCAGAAAUUCCAGCUGAUCAGAGUGCAGCUGAGUCAUGGGAUAACCUGGAAGAGGACCUGAAGGAGCUCAGUGGUUUGGUGACAGAGUUCUCUCUACUUGUCCAUUCCCAGCAGGAGAAGAUUGACAGCAUAGAAGACAACGUCAACACAGCCGCAGCCAACGUGGAGGAGGGGACCAAGAGCCUGGGGAAGGCGGUGGGAUACAAGUUGGCGGUGUUGCCAGUUGCUGGGGCGCUGCUGGGCGGUGCAUUAGGAGGUCCACUUGGCCUUCUGGCUGGUUUCAAAGCUGCAGGGGUGGCUGCUGCUCUGGGAGGGGGCGCCCUGGGUUUUGCAGGUGGUAACCUGGUCCAGAAACAUCGCAGAGCUCAAGUGGAUCAGCAGAUGAAACAACUGACCGCACCGCCAGCAGAAGAACCAGAGGAAAGCAAAAACAAAUGAUCCGAAGGCUCCCAUGUGGACUGACCAACCAAAAGCACAAACUACACCUGAGUCUAAGAGGCUCAAAAGACAAUGUCCCUGAGCAUUGCUGUCACACUGUGGACAACAGCUGUGUAAUAAUUGCCUUAUUUAAGUCUGUCUUUUUUUUAGGUGUGAAUGGUGUGUCUGUGGAAACGGUCGUUAACGCUAAAGUUUUUAAGUUUGUAAUUGGUCAGAGUGAAAUGACUGUGAGCACACCUCACCAGGUCAGUUCAUCUGACCUGAACAUUGUCAGAUCUUAGCACUAACAAGUCACACGGUCUGUGUUCCUUACUUGUCUUCUCAAAUUAUUCUUCACCUACAGGGUUUUCAGGUUCACGAGUGGCCAUGCAUCAGUAAUCUUGUAUCCAGAAAUGAAUGUGAACAGCUGUUAACAAUUUAUUGUAAAUUACAAUGAUGUUGCUUAAAUGUUUAAAGAAAUUAUUCUUAUAUUUAUGCAAUAAUAAAAGUGCCAAUAUCCAGAUCAUUUUAUGGACUGGAAUAUGUAAAGUUGUCAUGUACUGAUUGUACUGCUGCUGCCAAAUAAAAUGUUUCAAAAACAA